AGAGAAGAGAAGAGAAGAGAAGGCGGCGGCCGCCGGAGAUCCGCAGCGGCGGCAACUCGAGCGGAUAAAUUCAGGACGCCUAAUGGACUGCUGAAUUAUGAAGUAUUUCAGACCCAGUAGUAGAACGUCACUCUGCCACGCGCUCCUUUAUCUCCUACUAGUUAUUUAAAUUGGACUUUUAAUAUCCUACCAGCUGCUCUUCAGACACACAUGGUGCAUUGUUGCCAUUCCCCGGAUUGCAUCUUUGAAACACAGACCCUUAGUAACCUUCAGCAAACAAAGAGGCAACCUCCUGGGUCCACUUACUGGGAGGGUGUCACCCUGACUGCCCUCUAGCUUUUGCUGGCUCUGGAUUUGAAUUCCACCAUGGAGCCUCGCAUGGAGUCCUGCUUGGCACAGGUGUUACAGAAGGAUGUGGGGAAGCGACUGCAGGUUGGCCAGGAACUGAUAGACUAUUUCUCAGACAAACAGAAAUCUGCCGAUCUUGAGCAUGACCAGACCAUGUUAGAUAAACUUGUGGAUGGACUCGCUACCUCUUGGGUGAACUCUAGCAAUUAUAAGGUGGUUCUUCUGGGAAUGGACAUCCUGUCUGCACUGGUCACCCGGUUGCAGGAUCGGUUCAAGGCGCAGAUUGGCACAGUGCUGCCAAGUUUAAUAGACAGACUAGGAGAUGCUAAAGACUCUGUGAGGGAGCAAGAUCAAACUCUGCUGCUGAAGAUCAUGGAUCAAGCUGCUAAUCCCCAGUAUGUGUGGGAUCGAAUGCUCGGAGGCUUUAAACACAAGAAUUUCCGGACUCGGGAAGGCACGUGUCUCUGUCUUGUUGCCACACUCAACGCUUCUGGAGCACAUACUUUAACACUAAACAAGAUUGUGCCACAUAUAUGUAACUUACUUGGAGAUCCCAAUAGUCAGGUUCGAGAUGCAGCAAUAAACAGCUUAGUGGAAAUUUACAGACAUGUAGGAGAACGUGUGAGGGCAGAUCUCAGUAAAAAAGGAUUGCCACAGUCUCGGUUGAAUGUAAUUUUUACAAAAUUUGAUGAAGUCCAAAAGUCUGGUAAUAUGAUACAAUCUACAAAUGAUAAAAAUUUCGAUGAUGAAGAUUCUGUGGAUGGUAAUAGACCAUCCUCUGCCAGUUCUACAUCUUCCAAAGCUCCACCAAGCUCACGGAGAUCCGUAGCAAUGGGGACCACCCGCCGGCUUGGACCUUCCACUCUUGGCUCCAAGUCUUCAGCUGCAAAAGAAGGAGCUGGUGCUGUUGAUGAAGAGGACUUUAUUAAAGCAUUUGAUGAUGUACCUGUGGUGCAGAUUUAUUCCAGCCGAGACCUUGAGGAAUCCAUAAACAAGAUCAGGGAAAUACUGUCUGAUGACAAGCAUGAUUGGGAACAGAGAGUAAAUGCUCUUAAAAAGAUUCGAUCUUUACUUUUGGCUGGUGCUGCUGAGUAUGAUAACUUCUUUCAACAUUUGCGGCUUCUGGACGGAGCCUUUAAGCUAUCUGCUAAGGACUUGCGUUCGCAGGUAGUACGGGAGGCGUGUAUCACCCUAGGGCACCUGUCAUCAGUUCUGGGGAAUAAAUUUGACCAUGGAGCUGAAGCCAUUAUGCCAACUAUCUUUAAUUUAAUUCCAAACAGUGCCAAAAUCAUGGCCACUUCUGGUGUUGUAGCUGUUAGAUUAAUCAUUCGGCAUACACACAUCCCUAGGCUAAUACCUGUCAUAACAAGCAACUGUACCUCCAAGUCUGUCGCAGUUAGAAGGCGCUGUUUUGAAUUUUUAGAUUUACUUUUACAAGAAUGGCAGACACAUUCACUGGAAAGACACAUAUCAGUAUUAGCCGAAACAAUCAAGAAGGGAAUACAUGAUGCUGAUUCUGAAGCCAGGAUAGAAGCCAGAAAGUGUUACUGGGGUUUCCACAGUCACUUCAGCAGAGAAGCAGAACACUUAUACCACACCUUGGAAUCCUCCUACCAGAAGGCCUUGCAAUCUCAUUUGAAGAACUCAGACAGCAUCGUAUCCCUGCCGCAGUCUGAUCGCUCAUCUUCUAGCUCCCAAGAGAGUUUGAAUCGACCCCUCUCUGCCAAGAGAAGCCCCACUGGAAGUACCACUUCUAGAGGUUCCACAGUUAGUACCAAAUCCUCGGCAACGACUGGGUCCCUCCAAAGGUCUAGAAGUGACAUCGAUGUGAAUGCAGCAGCCAGUGCCAAAUCCAAGGUCUCUUCAGCUUCUGGAGCGGCGCCUUUCAGCUCUGCCGCAGCCUUGCCUCCUGGGUCCUAUGCAUCUUUAGAUGGUACUGCCACUAAAGCAGAGGGUCGGAUCCGCACAAGAAGGCAAAGUUCCGGGAGUGCCACGAAUGUUGCCUCCACACCUGACAAUCGAGGCCGUAGCCGAGCGAAAGUGGUUUCACAGUCCCAGCGAUCCAGAUCUGCUAAUCCUGCUGGUGCUGGCAGUCGAUCAAGUUCCCCAGGGAAAUUGUUGGGAAGUGGUUAUGGUGGCCUUGCUGGGGGUUCCUCAAGAGGUCCACCUGUGACAUCCUCUUCUGAAAAACGAAGCAAGAUACCUCGGAGUCAGGGAUGCAGCCGAGAAACAAGUCCAAACCGAAUAGGAUUAGCACGGAGCAGCCGUAUCCCUCGACCCAGCAUGAGUCAGGGGUGCAGCCGCGAUACCAGUCGUGAGAGCAGCCGAGAUACAAGCCCUGCUCGGGGCUUUCCUCCACUUGCCUCUCGACGUCAUUCCAGGUCCACUAGUGCUCUCUCCACUGCUGAAUCUGUUGGGCAGUCAGAUCGGUUUGGACUUGGCCAGGCAGGAAGGAUACCAGGUUCUGUGAAUGCCAUGAGGGUUUUGAGCACAAGUACAGAUCUUGAAGCUGCUGUUGCGGAUGCUUUGCUGUUAGGAGACUCCAGGAGCAAGAAGAAGCCUGUGAGGAGGAGAUAUGAGCCAUAUGGGAUGUAUUCUGAUGACGAUGCCAACAGUGAUGCCUCGAGUGUUUGCUCUGAGCGCUCAUAUGGCUCCAGGAAUGGUGGCAUUCCCCAUUAUCUGCGGCAGACUGAGGACGUAGCGGAAGUUCUCAACCACUGUGCUAGUUCAAACUGGUCAGAAAGGAAAGAAGGGCUUCUAGGCCUGCAGAACUUACUGAAGAGCCAAAGAACACUGAGUCGAGUAGAAUUGAAAAGAUUAUGUGAGAUCUUCACCCGAAUGUUUGCUGAUCCUCAUAGCAAGAGAGUUUUCAGUAUGUUUUUGGAGACUCUUGUGGAUUUUAUAAUAAUUCAUAAAGAUGACUUACAAGACUGGCUUUUUGUUCUUCUGACACAAUUGCUUAAGAAAAUGGGAGCAGAUUUACUUGGCUCUGUACAAGCAAAAGUUCAGAAGGCUCUUGAUGUCACAAGGGAUUCCUUCCCAUUUGAUCAACAAUUUAACAUUUUGAUGAGGUUUAUUGUGGAUCAAACACAAACUCCUAAUCUCAAGGUCAAAGUUGCAAUACUGAAGUACAUUGAGUCUCUUGCCAGGCAGAUGGAUCCUACAGAUUUUGUAAACUCUAGUGAGACAAGACUUGCUGUUUCUAGAAUUAUAACUUGGACAACAGAACCAAAGAGUUCAGACGUGAGAAAGGCAGCACAAAUUGUGCUGAUCUCUCUGUUUGAAUUGAAUACUCCAGAAUUUACCAUGUUACUUGGUGCCUUGCCAAAAACAUUCCAGGAUGGUGCCACUAAACUCCUUCAUAACCACCUCAAGAAUUCUAGUAACACCAGUGUGAGUUCUCCAAGCAAUACAAUUGGCCGGACACCCUCCCGACAUACCAGCAGUAGAACCAGCCCCCUAACCUCACCCACCAACUGUUCCCAUGGGGGCUUGUCUCCAAGCAUGCUGGAUUAUGAUACAGAGAACCUGAACUCUGAAGAAAUUUAUAGUUCUUUGCGAGGAGUUACAGAAGCCAUUGAAAAGUUUAGUUUUCGAAGUCAAGAGGACCUAAAUGAGCCAAUUAAGCGGGAUGGCAAGAAGGACUGUGACGUGUCUCGUGAUGGUGGAGUCGUCCCCCUUGGCUCCGAAGGCCGGGGAGGCAGUGACGUGGUAGAAGGUGGCAGAACAGCUCUGGACAACAAGACCUCUCUCCUCAACACCCAGCCACCACGCGCUUUCCCAGGGCCUCGGGCACGGGAGUACAACCCCUACCCCUAUUCCGACACCAUCAACACCUAUGACAAAACAGCCUUGAAGGAGGCUGUGUUUGAUGAUGACAUGGACCAGCUUCGAGACGCGCCCAUUGACCAUUCUGACUUGGUGGCGGACCUUCUGAAAGAGCUGUCCAAUCACAAUGAGCGGGUGGAAGAGCGGAAGGGCGCCUUGCUAGAGCUGCUCAAGAUCACACGGGAGGACAGCUUGGGCGUCUGGGAGGAGCACUUCAAGACCAUUCUGCUCCUGCUCUUGGAGACUCUCGGAGACAAAGAUCAUUCCAUCCGAGCACUAGCAUUGAGAGUGUUACGAGAAAUUCUGAGGAACCAGCCAGCAAGAUUUAAGAACUAUGCUGAGCUGACAAUCAUGAAGACUCUGGAAGCCCACAAAGACUCUCAUAAAGAGGUGGUGCGAGCUGCCGAGGAGGCUGCGUCCACACUGGCCAGCUCCAUCCACCCGGAGCAGUGCAUCAAAGUGCUGUGCCCCAUCAUCCAGACCGCCGACUAUCCCAUCAACCUUGCCGCCAUCAAGAUGCAGACCAAAGUUGUCGAGAGGAUUGCCAAGGAUUCCUUGCUACAGCUUCUCGCAGACAUUAUCCCAGGCUUGCUGCAGGGUUAUGACAACACCGAGAGUAGUGUGCGUAAGGCCAGCGUGUUUUGCUUAGUGGCAAUUUAUUCCGUAAUCGGAGAAGAGCUGAAACCUCACCUUGCACAGCUCACAGGGAGCAAGAUGAAGCUACUGAACUUAUAUAUAAAGAGGGCCCAGACCACGAACAGCAACAGCAGCUCCUCCUCGGAUGUGUCCACGCACAGCUAAUGGCCUUGCCAGAGUCUCUCUGUAGCUCUAGUAGAAGCAGAUGGUGGUGCCCGUCAGAGACCUUCCCACUUUCCCCAUCAUUGGCUGCCCACCAGUACAAGGAGGCCCACAAAUAUUUAUUACAAUCAGUAUUUUGGUCCCUUCCAGCUUUUGUGUAGGAUUUUUCUGGCAUUGAAUGUAAAUGAAGUAAGGCCUGUAUUGCAGCCUUCAUACCAGUCAAGAAGGAGAAAGAAAAGCAAAGAGCCAUAUUCAGACACAUCUUGUACAGCCCACUGAGCUCCUAACACCAUGUGUGUGGGGUUCACUUUCUAAACUCCAAAGCUUGGGAGGAAGUCACAUGUUGUCUUGUUAGUGAUUCCAUGGAGGUGGGUACAGUGUGUGCUUAUGUGAUUCUUUUCCGUCUUAGCCGACUUUAUUCUAUCAUUAGGAUCUCUGCAUGGGCAGAGUCCACCCCUCUCAUCCUGGCACCAUGCAGAGGUGGGGUGCGUUCCAGUUGCAUUUGGAAACCUCCAAAAAUUGCUUGUGAAUUGAGUGUUGGCAAGAAACGAAAAGAAGCCUAAAGGAUGAUGGCCUUUUAGUUACAAAUGGAAGUUCACCAUCAUUUUGGGCUGGAGGCAAGGUCUA